AUGUCUUCCAAGAAGAACAGAAAACGGUCCAACCGGAGCUCCGACCGGGGUUCGCCCUCGCCCUCCUCGGCUCGUUCUCCUGCGGGGGCCUCGGCUGCUUGUCCCGAAGCCAGCUUCGCGGCGGCGACCGGGACUCUGGCGGUGAUAAACUUCCUCGAGAAGGAUGACAAAGUUCCUAAAAAGUUCCAGAAUUCCCUUGUUCAACUUGGACUUGGCACUAUGAAGUCUGCAAAUAUAAGUAUCGGCCGACCAGUGCUGCUUACCAGUUUACAUGGAAAACAAGAGGUCUAUACGGCCUGGCCUGUAUCAGGAUUUCCUGGAGGCAAGGUUGGGCUGAGUGAAAUAGCACAGAAGAAUGUGGGUGUCAGAGUUGGUGACGCCAUCCAUGUCCAGCCGCUUUUGGGUGCUGUGCUGCAGGCUGACGAAAUGGACGUGGCACUCAGUGACAAAAAUGUGGAUAUUAAUGAAGAACAAUUGGCUAGUUGUCUUCUGAGAAAACUAGAUGGCAAGAUUGUUUUACCAGGCAACUUUCUAUACAUUACAUUCUAUGGACGACCGUGCAAGUUGCAAGUGUUGCAAGUGAAAGGGGCAGAUGGCAAAAUACUGAAAAGGCUUCAGAGUGACCCUGAUAACAAUGCUCAGGGAAUGGCCUCUAAACGGUCCAGCAUAGAAGCCAGUACCCUGGAUAUGUCCCUACAGCUAAGCCAGUUGGAUCUGGAAGAUCCUCGUGUCCCACCAUCAAGCAGUACUCCCUGCAAACCAGUACAUGACAGAAAGAUAAAUAAAACUGGUGACAGUUUGUCAAAUGUCACACAGAGUCCUGGUGGCAGCAGUGGACUUGGGCUCGAGGAAGUCACAGGUCUUGAAUGUAGCUUUGCGUCUGCCAGAGGAGAAAACGUACUUAUCAAUGAAGAGAGAUUCCUAAAGCCAGCCAAUCUGGGAGCAAAGUGCAACACUGAUACUUUCUACUUCAUUUCCUCAACAACCAGAGUCAAUUUUACAAAAAUGGGUAUAAAUUCAAAAGAGCAAGACAACCUAAUCAAAGUAACUUACGACAUGAUCGGAGGCUUAAAUGGUCAGCUGAAAGCAAUUAGAGAAAUAAUUGAACUUCCUCUCAAGCAGAUUGAACUAUUCAGGAGUUAUGGAAUUCCUCCCCCUAGAGGAGUGUUAUUGUAUGGCCCUCCAGGUACUGGAAAGACAAUGAUUGCCAGGGCUAUUGCUAAUGAAGUUGGAGCCCAUGUCUCUGUAAUAAAUGGUCCUGAAAUUAUAAGCAAAUUCUAUGGGGAAACUGAAGCAAAGUUACGUCAGAUAUUUGCUGAAGCCACUCUGCGGCAUCCAUCAAUUAUUUUUAUUGAUGAGCUGGAUGCACUUUGCCCAAAAAGAGAAGGGGCUCAGAAUGAAGUGGAAAAAAGAGUUGUAGCUUCAUUGCUAACACUGAUGGAUGGUAUUGGUUCAGAAGGAAGUGAAGGACAGGUAUUAGUUAUUGGGGCCACAAAUCGUCCUCAUGCUUUGGAUCCUGCACUCCGCCGACCUGGACGAUUUGAUAAAGAGAUUGAGAUUGGAGUUCCUAAUGCUCAGGACCGGCUAGAUAUCCUUCGGAAACUGCUUCGAAAGGUACCGCACGUACUCACUGAAACUGAGGUGCUUCAGUUGGCAAACAGUGCUCAUGGAUACGUUGGAUCAGACUUGAAAGCCUUGUGUAAUGAAUCAGGUCUCAGUGCCUUGCGGAGAGUCAUGAAGAAACAGCCUAACCUCCCUGACAGCAAGGUGGCUGCAUUGGUGAAGAUCACUCUGAAUGAUUUCUUGCAGGGAAUGAAUGAAAUCAGGCCCAGUGCCAUGAGGGAGGUUGCAGUUGAUGUCCCAAGUGUAUCCUGGUCAGAUAUAGGAGGACUGGAAAAUAUCAAACUGAAAUUGAAACAAGCUGUGGAAUGGCCCUUGAAACAUCCAGAGUCUUUUACCCGAAUGGGUGUUCAGCCACCUAAAGGAGUUCUUCUGUAUGGGCCACCUGGAUGCUCUAAAACGAUGAUUGCAAAGGCUUUGGCCAAUGAAAGUGGACUGAAUUUCCUAGCAAUAAAGGGUCCUGAAUUGAUGAAUAAAUAUGUUGGUGAAUCUGAAAGAGCGGUUAGAGAGAUCUUCCGCAAAGCAAGAGCGGUGGCUCCUUCCAUUAUUUUCUUUGAUGAACUGGAUGCCUUAGCAGUUGAAAGGGGCAGUUCUUCAGGUGCUGGGAAUGUAGCUGACCGUGUUUUGGCUCAGCUCCUUACGGAAAUGGAUGGCAUUGAACAGUUAAAGGAUGUGACCGUUUUGGCAGCUACUAACCGCCCAGAUAGGAUAGACAAGGCUUUGAUGCGUCCUGGAAGAAUCGAUAGAAUCAUCUAUGUGCCUUUACCAGAUGCAGCAACAAGGAAGGAGAUAUUUAACCUGCAGUUUCACUCGAUGCCAAUCAGUCAGGACAUUGAUCUGAAUGAACUCAUCCUCCAAACAGACACAUAUUCUGGAGCAGAGGUCAUCGCUGUCUGUAGAGAGGCCGCCCUCCUGGCGCUAGAAGAAGACUUUAAAGCCAACUGCAUCAGUAAAAAGCAUUUCACUCAAGCCUUGAGCACUGUGACGCCCAGAAUUCCCGAGUCGCUGAGACGUUUCUAUGAAGAAUACCAAGAGAAGAGCGGGCUUCAUACACUCUGA